UGCGCUGUCAACAAACUAGUAAGUCGGGAUUGUUGCAAAAUUAGUAAAAAUAUCCGAUUUAUACAGUGUUUUUAUCCAAAUUUUAACUCUUUAAAUUAGAUUAAUAAUGACGGAAAUCUGGAGUUUAGAUGCACUUUGUCGAUGUUGUCAUGCAGACGGUGAUUUCAAAGAUUUACGAUCAGUGUAUGUUUUCGAUAAUGGGCCUGAAAAUUAUCUUAACAUGAUACUUGAGACCUUGGGAGUCACGAUAAAGCCUCCAUCAGUAAAUGCAAGCUACUCCAUCUGCGACGCAUGCAUCCUUCAGCUCCGCAGUGCCACCAACUUUAAGAAAAAAGUACUGGAAUGUGAGACAAAGUUUGAAGAGUAUUGUAAAAAUGAGUUGUCACAAACAAACUAUGAUAUAAAGACUGAACCGGAAUAUUUAGAUGACUUUGAUAACAAUGAUUUUGGUGAUGAUAUUGAAGUCAAAGACGUUAGUAAAAAUCAAGAAUUCACCGCAAGUAUCAAGAAGCGAGUGAAAAAUAUUAAGAAAGAAAAAGAAUCCGAUAACACUCACUCAGAAAUGACAAUAGACGUGAAACCGAAGAUAGAGGGCAAGCCGAGAAAGAGAAACAAGUCUUCAGUCAAAGGUAAAUCAUCAAAAACCAAGCCCAAAGUCAAGGAAGAAGAAUCUUUAGUAGUGGCCGUCAAAACGGAAACGGGAGAGCUUUACUCUUGUAAAAACUGCGGCGCGAACUAUCAGAACUUGGACCAACUCAACCAACAUAUUAACAUAGAACAUUUAAAAGGAUACAAAUGUAUGUACUGUCCGGAACUCUUUAAAAACGAAAAUAGGUACAAAGCUCAUAACCGCUUGGAACACAACGACUUAAAACCAUUCCCCUGCGAGCACUGCGGCAGAAAAGUGGGAUCCAAAACCUCGCUACUUGAACACAUUAACUCCGUACACACUAAAGAAAUCUACUACCAAUGUGAUAAAUGUAUGAAAAAAUUCCAUAACAAACAAGUACUAAAGAUACAUUUGAAGAAACAUGACGGUACUUUUAGAAAAUUAAUUUGCGAGCAAUGUGGGGUAGGUUGCAAUGACAAGACAAACUUGAGAUAUCAUGUUAUGACAGUUCAUGAAAAGAUAAAGUUAUUCAACUGUCAAGAAUGUGACAAAAAAUUCUCUGCCAUGAAACAUUUGAAGAUACAUAUGAGGUUACACACAGGGGAGAGACCAUACGAGUGCGAUAUAUGCAAUAAAGCUUUCAUUUCAAGAGAUGCAUUGACUGUACACCAAAAGCAGCACACGAAUAGUGGAUAUAAAUGCAAGACAUGUGGCAAAGUAUUCCCUACUAGAGGUUUAUAUGCUUCUCAUUAUAAAAGACAUGUAAGUAGUAAGCCAUUUAAAUGCCAUUUAUGUAGUAAGGAGUUUGCUGGAAAAUACUCCUUGAAUCGUCACGUUUUUGAGCAUACCGGAGCUCGUCCAUACGUAUGUCCAGUUUGUGGUAAAGAUUUCAAACAAAGAAUACAGCUAGUUAGACAUAAUAAACGUUUCCACGAUCCUCAUAAGGCGGAAGUCGUUAAAGAAAAGUGUGAUUUAUGUAAAAGAACUGUGCCUAACAUAGAAAAACAUAUGCUUGCGCAUACUAAUAAACCAUACCCUUGUCAUUUGUGUGAAAAGAGAUACCCAGAGCAGAAUGCCUUAAACAGACAUUUGCAGAGGCACACCGGGAUUAAACCACACCAAUGUCAACUGUGUGAUAAAGGAUAUAUUCAGUUGAAAAGUCUUAGAGGGCAUAUUAUGAAAGUGCAUAAAUUACCUUUGAAAACUGAGCAGGAAGAUCAUUUUGAUAGUGUUGUUAAUACUUUUACUAUUCAGAAUUUAAGAAGAAAGACAGGUUAUCCCAAUGAUGUUGUAACUCAAGAUAGGUUAUAGGCGUUCCAAAAUUACAGCGUUACCAAUUGUACAAGUUGCCUUUAGUCGCGCACGUGCAGAAAUGUGCACGUGCUAACGAAUUUCCGCUCACCGAAAGAGACAAACUUAUGUUUAACGAGUAUGACAAAGAUAAAUGGAAUGCGAAAAUCAAAAAUAACAGAUUUCUUCAUAGGUAUAGAAAUAAAUGUGGGAGAAUUGUUUGUGCUCUUUAUGUAAGAGUAAAACCUAGCUAUAGUUAUACAUAUAUUAUCAUUGGGUUAUCUUGAAUUGGUUUGUUAAAGGUUAGCCCAAAAUACGUUGACAAAUAAACUAUAUAUGUUUUUCUUGCUUACCUAUACGCCUUUUGCAAAAAAUUUAUUAUUAAUUUAUUUAUUCGUAUCGCAAAUCGUUCGUUUAUAAACAUACAAGCUUUUGCCCGCGACUUCGUCUGCGUGGAAUUAGUAAUUUGGGUACCUUAAUUUUGAAACAAAUCUGCAUUUAAAUCCAUCAUUUUUCACCCCCCACCUGGUCCACUCUAUAAAUUUCCACCCCAUUUUUUAUACCCUUAAGGAAUGAUUUCGGGGAUAAAAAAUAUUUUAUCCUUCCUCACAGCUCAAACUAUCCCGAUACCAAGUUUCAUCUAAUUCGGUUCCGCAGUUAUUGAUUCCCCAUACAAAUUUCCACCCCCUUUUAACCCCCUUGAGGGGUGAAUUCUGGGAUAAAAAGUAUCCUAUGUCCUUCCCCGGGACUCAAACUAUCACUAAAUCGGUUCAGCGGGUUAAGCGUGAAGAGGUAACACAGAGAGACAGAUUUUCGCAUUUAUAAUAUUAAGUAUGGAGUAUGGAUUUUAAGGUUCUGUACCCAUUGUAUUACGUCACUGUCAUUAAAACUACAAUUAUGUGGUUUUUAUUGUAACAACUAUAGGCACCAUGGUUCGCAAUAAACGAUUUCUGAUUUCUAAAACAAAAGUUAUUGUAUUCGUUUAAUUUUGACACACAAACGCAAACAUUUAUUAACAUUAUCAACAAUUUGCCGCACUAAAAUUGUUUGUCAACGUAUUUUUAAACCAUUCUGUAGAAAGUAAAUUUAACAGAUGUUUCCAAAGUUUAAUGUAUAAGGGGUUAACCUUUUCGCCGCUACGUUAAUGAAGUAAUAAAGUAUCAUCAACGCCAUGUCACAAGGCACAAAGUGCACGUAAACAACCCGUAUAACAUAUCAAGUCGUGGCGUUAGGGACACGACAUGUGUUAACGCCUCGUCUUUGUUCGGGCAUCUUCGGGAGCCGUCGCCAACGCAAUGCAUGGUGCGGGGCAGCGGGGCCGCCAACGGCCAUUCUCUCAGCAAUCUUGCGACGGACGGUCGAGCCCGUCCGCUUACCGUGAUAUUAUACCACCUCUGUAUCACCAAGUUAUUAUACGUGCAUGUAUUGGACUAUGAGUGUUUUUUAACUCACCUCAUCCACGACCCCAAGAUCUUCUCGUCCACCCCUACAUGCGUGGACAACAUGUACUGACUUUAUAUCAAUUCAAUGGCGGCAAAAAGGUUAAUGACGCUUGACACUCUUCUAGGCGCCUUGUAGCGCCAUCUAGGUCAGCAUUAAAAAUUACUGCAAUUUUAAUCUUAUACCUUUAAACGAGCAAUUCUUGUAUGUAUAUAUGUAUAUAUAUAUAUUUCGGGGAUCUCGGAAACGGCUCUAACGAUUUCGAUUAAAUUUGCUCUAUGGGGGUUUUCGAGGGCGAAAAAUCGAUCUAGCUAGGUCUUAUCUCUGCAUUUUUUUAGUAUUUUCCGAGCAAAGCUCGGUCUCCCAGAUAUUAAAAUACUAUUUGUGGCCAUAUUUUUAUUAUUUACGUUAUACACACGAUUUUCAACUUUACCUUAGUGGAAUACGGUAUAUUAUUUUUUGCAAGUAAACUAAUGUAUUAAGUCACUACUGCAGUAGUAUAAGUAUAUGUAUUGUGUCGAUAAAAAAGGGUCCUUAAAGCGACGUGAAAUUACAAUAUUGAGAUAUAUUUAUUUGCAUUAAGUGUAACAUUCAUGGUCAUAAUACCAGCCAGUACCGAUUCGUCCGUUAGGUCCCUUUUAAACGGAACAACACAUUUGUCAAGUUAAUAGUACACCGCACGGUGAAAAGGUUUAUUUUUUGUUUUGUUAUUUACAUUAUAGUUUUUUUUUUGUAUAAUACUGUAUGAUUGUUUUUUUUAUAUUAUUGACACAAGAUUUUGAUGUGUAUGGGUAAUUAUUUAAAGACUGGAGUAAAAGUGAUUGUGUUUUGAAAA